CCAUAUCUAAAAAUUAAAACCACCAAGCCAUAACAUGUCGCCAGCCGUUCAAGACAAAGAAGGAAAGCCAAUUGAAGAAGGUGACGACGUCUGGACUCCAAUUAGGGGAGGAAAACGCGAAGGGGAAGUAGAAAAGGUCGUAUACACAGAAGAAGAAGCUAAAAAGGCCAACGUCAAGCAUCCGCCAAAGGUUGUUUUCACGGACCAGCAUGGGCAUGGGGUUGCACACAACCCAGAGACACUUAAGCAUGUAGAGUAAUAAAUCCACACAAGUUAC